AGAAUCUCGGGGUGUUGUUGUUUGGUAUUUAUAAGACGUCGAACUUUCUUAGCCAGGCCAAGAUUCAAACCGUGCUGGGGUACUGUUGAAGAUAUUCGAACGUGGCUGUGAAAUUUCCUUUAACUAAUUUUCAAGAUGAACACUUACGUCCUGCUCGCGAUGUGUUUCUCUCUCGCUUUGGCUGCACCGCCCCCUAUAAAGUCGAUGAGAACAAAAAGGGCCGUCCCCAAUCAAGAAGACUUCUGCACCUGUAUGAAGUUCCAAUGCUUAGUCGAGCAAGGGAACAACGUGCGCUACGAGAUCACGUGCGAAGCUGCCUACAUCAAAGGGGAGCUUGGUCCUGAGUGUUCAAGGGUCCAAGAGACACACCCCUUCAGUUCAAUUAUCCGCUGUAACCCCUGCUGUGACCUCAAUGGAAAGAGAGAAUUCCCGGGCAUAGGGACUUUCACGUGCGGACAGCUGAUGAAAGCGGACCCCAACUACAAACCGUCCCAGUAUCUCACAUGCGCCGGGAUAAACAUGGAUUGAAUCAAUUUUUGUAUCAUUUCUCCGUUAAAGCUGUGGAUUUUGUUUAGACUUUUUGCACUAUCGCAAUACUGUAUGAAGAUACCCUUUUUGGCAUGCACAGGGAUUCACUUGAAUUGAACCAAUUUUUGUAUCAUUUCUCCGAAAAAAGUUAUCGAUUUUACAUUGACCUCUUGCAUUGCCACAAUACUGUAUGAAGAUCUUUUACAUGGAGAAAUAAAUGUUUUAAAAAGGACA